GGCAUCAUCACAAGCAUGACUGAGAGGAGGAGAGGACAGAGAGACUUUACUGACCUCCUGCGCCGGCGCUUCAUCCAUCCAAGCGUCGUUUAGCAGUCAGUGGUGGACCGCUGAGGGAGUCUAUUUUACCGUCUUUAAUCCACCCGUUAGCGCCGGGCUCCACGGGUUGCUCCGGAGCUGCUUCCUUUAGCACAAUAAAGCUAACCACUGCUAGCUCCUGGCUUCAGUCACUGCCCGGACCCGGCGAAGUAAAGAACCUAGCAGGGGAAUGGCAAGAGUAUACUCGGAUAACCCUUUCAGAAGAAACAGCCACUGAGAUUAGGAAAGGAGCCCUGAAAUAUUUCAUACUUUGAUCAACGUUGUUUACAGAUCCUGAAGCAUGACGGUUGUUGGUGUUACUGUAAUCCCCAUCAUGGUGCAGAAGUACCAGUCACCUGUGCGGGUGUACAAGUAUCCCUUUGAGCUUGUGAUGGCGGCCUAUGAGCGUCGCUUUCCCACCUGUCACCUCAUCCCCAUGUUUGUGGCGAGUGACGUGGUGAAUGAGGAGACCAGCGAAGACGGUUCCACCCAAAAGGUCGAGCGUCGCUGUGCCCUGGACGUUGACGCCCCACGCCUGCUCAAAAGGAUUGCUGGUGUGGAUUAUGUCUAUUUCAUCCAGAAAAACACGCUGAACCGGAAGGAGAGGACACUUCACAUCGAGUCCCACAAUGAGACCUUCUCCAACAGGGUCAUCAUCCAUGAGACCUGCUGCUAUUCGGUCCACCCAGAAAAUGAGGAUUGGACGUGUUUUGAGCAGACUGCCAGCCUGGACAUCAAGUCUUUCUUUGGCUUCGAGAGCACGGUGGAGAAGAUUGCCAUGAAGCAGUAUGCAAGCAGUAUCAAAAAGGGAAAAGAAAUCAUAGAGUUCUACCUAAAGGAGUUGGAGGAUGAAGGGAUCACUGAAGUGCCGCGCUGGACUCCCUCCUCCCAUCCCCUGCCUCUCCCCAGGCCAACCAGCCUCUCCACCAGCCCAACGUUUCUCCCCAAACUUGCAGUCACACCCUCUGUUUCUAUCCCGCUGCCCAUCGACACCAUGGACAGCACCUCUCCGGAUGCUAAGCAGGACAGCAGUGUGCCUCAGACAGACAGCCUAACAGACAACCUGGCUGGUACACCUGAAGAUAAACUGGAUGCAGACUAUAUCAAACGUUACUUAGGCGACCUGACCCCCCUGCAGGAAAGCUGUCUGAUCAGACUUCGCAAAUGGUUGCAAGAGACACACAAGGGAAAGAUCCCGAAGGACGAGCACAUACUGCGUUUCUUGCGCGCCAGAGACUUCAACAUGGAAAAAGGGAGGGAGAUUCUCUGCCAGUCACUGACCUGGAGGAAGCAACACCAGGUGGACUACCUGCUAGAGACAUGGAGCUCACCACAAGUCCUCCAGGACUUCUACACAGGAGGCUGGCACCACCAUGACAGAGAUGGUCGUCCUUUGUACAUCCUGAGGUUGGGUCAGAUGGACACCAAAGGACUGGUCCGGGCUCUCGGAGAGGAGUCUCUGCUCAGACAUGUGCUGUCUAUCAACGAGGAGGGUCUGAGACGUUGUGAAGAGAACACCAAGGUGUUUGGCCGACCUAUCAGCUGUUGGACGUGUCUGGUGGAUCUGGAGGGGCUGAACAUGCGUCACCUGUGGCGACCUGGAGUCAAAGCACUGCUGAGGAUCAUCGAGGUUGUGGAAGCCAACUACCCAGAGACUCUGGGACGGCUUCUCAUCCUGAGAGCUCCCAGAGUGUUUCCUGUCCUAUGGACUCUGGUGAGUCCGUUCAUUGAUGAAAACACACGCAAGAAGUUCCUCAUCUAUGCAGGCAACGACUAUCAGGGCCCUGGAGGGCUGGUGGAUUAUAUAGACAAGGAGAUCAUCCCUGACUUCCUCGGAGGAGAGUGCAUGUGUGAGGUACCAGAAGGAGGCCUGGUUCCUAAGUCGAUGUAUCGCACAGCCGAGGAGCUUGAGAAUGAAGAUGUUCGCCUGUGGACUGAGACCAUCUAUCAGAGUGCGAGCGUCUUCAAGGGAGCUCCGCAUGAGCUUCUGAUUGAGAUCAUUGACGCCUCCUCAGUCAUCACCUGGGACUUUGACAUGUGCAAAGGCGAUGUGGUUUUCAACAUCUACCACUCUAAGCGGGCUCCUCAGCUUCCACGCAAAGACCCCACGGGAACCCACGGCAUCACAUCCCCGGGAGGCAACAACGUGCAGCUCAUCGACAAGUCCUGGACACUGGGACAGGAUUACAGCAUGGUGGAGUCUCCGCUCACCUGCAAGGAGGGCGAGAGCGUGCAGGGCUCCCACAUCACCAGGUGGCCAGGUUUCUACAUUCUUCAGUGGAAAUUCCACAACAUGCCAGCCUGCUCAGCCACCAACCUGCCGCGAGUGGACGACGUGCUGGCCACCCUGCAGGUCUCCUCGCACAAGUGCAAAGUCAUGUACUACACCGAGGUGUUGGGCUCUGAGGACUUCAGAACGGCUUGCUAUGAUGUGCAGAGUUUGGGUUCCAUGACCAGCCUGGAAUCCAGCCACAGCGGCUUUUCUCAGCUCAGCGCUGCCACCACCUCCUCCAGCCAAUCGCAGUCCAGCUCUAUGAUCUCCAGGUAGAAACAGGAAGUUGAGAACUUCAGUCUCUACAUCCCCCUCCCAAACCCCCUACCCCCCGUCAGCCCUUAAAAUCAACACCGAAGCCAACUCUCCUUCUUCCCUUCCUCAUCAUCGUCUUUGGACUCUGUUCCUUUUUGCACAGACAGUCUUUAUGGAACUGAAGCAUGCUUGCACAAACAGAAGACAAAGAAUAAAUCUGAGGCAAAAAAACAAAUGAGACUGUGUGUACAGUUUUAAGGGCUGAUUUUUUGCACAAAGGUCAUAUAUUUUUUGUGCCUGGCAUCUCUGCCGGGCAGCAUUUUGAAUUUAGUAGAAUGUUUGCUUACGUCAUGUCCUGUACAGGGUGGAAAAGUUAACGGUCAGGAGGUGAAUUGCGGUGCUUCUGUGGCACUGGAAGCAGAAAGAAGCAAUAUCCUCACCCUAGAACCUACAGGACCAGAUAAAGACACUGGAGGCGCUGUUACAAAUAUGCAUUAACAUGUACACCUGCUUUUACAGUACUGAGACAACUUAUACCUUGUUCAUGGAUGAAAACUGGACGUGCUGUUACAUACAAACAUACCAGAGGGGUUUGUUCAGUCUGGUGACUUGUUUAAAGUGUGUGUGGGUGGGUGAACUCUUAACCUAUGUAGAAUAACACCUGCAUCUAUUUACUUCUUCAUGGAGUUAGGGAGCAGGUGGAGUUUACGAAAUAAUGGCAAUGCAGAUGCUGUAAAAAUAACAUUCAUAAUCAGUUAUUUUUCUGCAGCUGAGAGAGUUGUAUGACUUUCUUUUUGUUGCUCACUUGGCAAACCCCCUUUCAUACAUCUCACAAGGGCUUUUUUUUCAUAUCAUGAAAUCAUCUGAACAUUUGACUUGGGUCUGACUCUUAGUGAAGCAAUCUGCCUGAAGCAAUAACAUGAGUUUGAUUUUUUUUUUUUCAAUGUGUAAAAUAUUUCUAUUUAUCAUGAAACAUGUGUGUGGAGGAUCAUGGGUGCUGAUUGCAGAUGAACUUUAAAGAUGUGUACAGACAGAAAGGCAAACUGAGCCAGUAAACUGCUAAACUUUGUGGCAACAACUUGAUCACUUUUUUGUCCAGGUUUUCAUUGUGUCAGGAGAGGAACAAAAAAAAAAAAAAACUAGCCAGCUUUUCUCCUGGACAUGUUUAUUUUCCUCGGAAUGACCACAGUUAGCCAGCUCUCUGUGCAGCGUCUGCAUUAUUAAAGGAACUCGACACAAAAUCAAGUCGAGAGGGACAUGCCUUGUCACUGAUUUGUGAAUGUGCUACUGAUCGGCUAGUGCUCCCCAACCAUUGAAACUCCUUACAUUUGAAGGUUUGGGAUGUUAUUGAGAAGGACUGCCAUCAUUCUCUACUCUUUUUUUUUUCAGUGUGAAUUAGAGUUGUGUGCGUUAGAGAUGAAUGUUACCUUCAGCUUAUCAUUUAAAGUUGCACCAGUAGACCACAUAUUGAUACUGUACAUGUACUAGUGUUGGUUGGAGUUUGUUACUGAUUUUUAUUUUCCUUUUUGUUUUGGAGAUGAGUACUUGACAGGAGGCUGCAGUGUGGUGUUACUGCAUGCUCAUUUGGUGAUUGGGUUCACUGAUAUAAAGUUUAAGAUUUAGCCAUUUUAAGAGUCAUGUGUCAAUAAAUACCAUUUUAGCCUUUGUAAGCAUCACUUAGACGAGUUCCUGCUUUAUUCAGGGUCAUCACUGUAAUAGAUGAGCAAUUGUAAGCUGAGUGAACAGUUCUAUUUGCAACACAAACAUGCUUUUUCCUGAAUCGGUUUAUUCAGUUGAUGACUUAACUAAGAUCUCACUCCCUGUAAAGGAGAAGAAAUCUCAGCCGUUGCUGAUGCUGUUACCGUGGUUAUGGAGUGGAGCUGACAAUACAAAAAUAACGGAUAAGGAGAGGUUUUUCUCUUGAAUCAUGCUUCUGAAAAUACUGUCCCUGCCGAUUGUUUUUGAUACAUAUUAAUGAAAGGUCAAAGGUCAACUUGUGGUAACGAUGUCAUUAACUGCAAUAAUAUGAAAUGCUUUACUGAGGGAAAAGGACCUCUUCAUAUUGUGGGCUAUGAAGUGUGUAUGUUGGUGUAAAAGGGUGAAUGUUGGAAACAGUGGGAUAAAAGAUCAGCCUGUAAAAAAUAAAUAAAUGGUGUAAACACUCCCUUUGCCCCGAUCAGCAGGUGUGCUUCUCUACGCUCUCUUCUAAAGCAUGUGUAGAAACAGCACGACUAACUUAACUUCACCUGCUUAGUAGUAGACUUAGUUUCCAUUUUUCAAUAGUUUGACUGAUGAUGAUAACAACUGAAACAAAUAUCAGUUCCAGACUGAACUACUCUAUACUUCCCUUGUGUCUCUCUCUGUCUCUCUCUCUCUCUCUCCUCUUUGUCAUUUCUACACUCUAGUUUGCUGUUUUGCUUUGAAACAUGUUUUCACUGCGUAUAUCAUAGGAAGCAGAGUGGGACUUGAUUGAAGCCAUAGGAGAAAAGAAGUUUCAGUGAUAUUGUUUGGUAGGCUUACAUUAAGUGAUACAAACACCACACACCUCCCUUAUUCUACUGUCUCUCCUGCCUCUCUGACUUUAGCUCUUACAGUUGUGUCCAUUUUUCAUCAAGAUCUCAUUGACAAAUGAGGGCUAUAACUAUUUGUCUUGAGUGUUCAACAUAUUUGUCUUUUUCUCCUUUUGCAGAAAUCAUUGCAUAUCUUCACUUUACCUUGAUGUGAUGAAUUGUGUAACAAUGUCAUGUUUGGACUAAUAAGAAUAUUGCGCCUUUACAUCUUUUUUUUUUGAAAACAUUAAACUUGAAUUAUGAGAAAAUACAAA